GACAAGGUGCAAUUGGAUUCUUGUUUCACUUGCUCUCUUUAGAUCUCCUUUAAUGUGCCGUGGACUCCGAACUGCAAGAAUGAAAAAUGCUUCGACUUUUUGGCGCUUUCAUAUGCGCUUGACUUGUUCUUUGUCGAAUCCUUCAACAUUCGCAAUGACAUGCGGGAAGGUUGUGUUGCAACGUCAAGCUCUUCCUACCAGCACGUGUUAACAGGUCUCUCCGACUACGUCAAACUGGGCGUUGACUCCAGGAAGCUUGUGAUGGGCGUUCCAUGGUAUGGUUAUGACUACACUUGCAGGCGUAUCUUUAAGGACGGUAUGUGUGAAUUGGAAACUGGUUUUCACGAAGACCCCUGCAGUUAUCCAGUAGCAAGAAGGAUUCCUUAUAAAGAAGUAUUACAACGCCUGCUGAGAUCUCUAACUGGAAGGUUGUGGAACGAUGAACACAGAGUCCCAUAUUUUUCCUACUUGGAUGGUAAAACCUACCACCAGGUCUGGUAUGAUGAUCCAGAGAGCAUUUCAAUGAAGUCAACUUUCUUGAAGAAACUCAAACUCGGUGGCAUUGGUGUGACGAAUCUCAGUGACAUGGACCCCAGCAGAACCGCCAGGGCUACCACUGCUGUAGCCUACCAUUUCCUACCCCUGCUGCGACCUACCGCUGGCGUGGCCCACCGCUACCACUUUCCACCAGCUUCAGGCUGGGCUGGUAGGGCGGAGAGCGUCCUGCAGCUGGGGGACGGGAACGGCUUCAGGCGGGGGCUAUAG